AUGCAUGUGAGGCUGCUGCAUCAUGGACUUUGGGCAGCGUGGACACUGGAACGAGGCAGUCCAUUCCGAGACACACCGAGGCCAAUGGACCAUGUGAGCCUCGAUCACCCGACGGAGCUGAGGAGAACCCAAGGCGAUAUGCCGCGGGACAACACGGCUUCACGAAAGGCAUCUCUCGACGUGAGGCAAGAAAUAAUUGUGGGAGAAGAGCGUCCUGGAUCUCGUGGACACUGUGGUAGCUCCGAACCGCCUGGCAAGGAGCAUAGUCUGGACAAGAAGAGUCCUAUGACCCGCGAGACACACGAUUCACAUUUCAAUACUAAGCAGUGCUUCACAGAUGAGUGCAACCGUACCCAACUCGUACACGCACGGAGAGACGCACCACCCGAUCUCGUCAUCCCACUCCAUCGACAACACCACCACCUCCCACCGAGACAUCGCACCAUACCCGCACCACCAUCUACACCAUCCAUUGGCGUACUCCCUGCUACCACACCGCCAUCGUCAAACGCGCUCAGUCGCGCCAAAACAUCCAGCGUCCACCGCGUCGCGAUUGAGCUUCGUGCGCCCGAGCAGCUGCGACGUGUGACUCUCUCCUACGACCUCUUCGACAGCACCAUGGCAGACGAAGACACCACCGCUGCCGCGCCGGUCGACGCGCCUGCACCAGCUGAGACCUCCACCGAGCCCGAGACGACCGAGGCGACGACCACGAAUGGUGACGCCGCUGCGUCGAAAGAGCAAGAGACUGUCGCUACCGGACAUGAGGCCACAUCCGACCCUGCCACCGAUGCUCCUGCGGCGGACGAGGCCGGUAUUGCAUCAGCCGAGCCCACACCUGCAUCUACACCUGCGUCGGGCAGCAAGGACAAGAAGCGCAAGUCAACUGGUGGCGGCGUUCCCGAACACAAGGGCAAGAAGCUCAACAAGAAAAAGUCGAUGCCGGACCUGAACCUCAACUGCAAGCCGGGUGAACAUUACUGGGCGCGUCUGAAGGGAUAUUCACCAUGGCCAGCUAUCAUCUGUGAUGAGUCCAUGCUGCCAGAGGCUCUUCUUGCAUCUCGUCCAGUCAGCACCGCCCGCCCUGACGGCUCCAUUCGUGAGGAUUUCGAGGAAGGUGGCAAGAGCGUGAGAGAACGGACUUUCCCGAUCAUGUUCUUGUCCACCAAUGAGUUCCAAUGGAUGAACAACACCUUCUUGAAGCCACUCAACCCUGAAGACUGCAAGAACCCGAAAGGGAGGAUGACCAAGGCUUUACUUGACGCUUACAGGAUUGCGUCUGAAGACCAUGAACUCGACUACUUCAAGGGUAUCCUCAAGCAGUGGCAGGAGGAAGAAAUCGCGGCGAGGAAUGCCGAAGCCGCGUAUGAGGCCGAGCGGUUGCGUGAGGAAGCUGAGGCAGCAGCUGCACCCAAAGAAAGCGGGGAAGAUGUCAAGCCCAAGAAGAAGGUCGCUCGCAAGAGCAAGGGUGCCGAUGAGGAUGUUGAGAUGGAAGAUGCAGACGCCGCACCCAAGUCCAGCAAGAAGCGGAAGAAGGCUGAGGAGAGCGAUCCCGAUGCUCCGAAGGCGAAGAAGACUCCCAAGGUGAUGAAGCUUAAUGCGCCCAAAACACCGAGCGAGGCCUCGGCGAAGAAGAGCAGCAAGCCCAAGAAGAAGGUCGUCACAGCUCCCAAGGCCGAGCCUGAAGACGAGUCGAAGCCACAACUCACCGAGGAGGAGAAGCUCGCUCAGCGCGAAAAGGCCGUUCUCUACCUUCGUCACCGUUUGCAGAAGGGUUUCCUCUCCCGCGAGCAAGCUCCGAAGGAGUCAGAAAUGGGUGCUAUGGACGAGUUCUUCACACAACUGGAGGGAUACGACAGCCUCGAGCCACCGAUUAUCCGCACCACCAAAAUUCACAAGGUCCUCAAGGCGAUUGUCAAGCUUGCGACGGUGCCCAAGGAUGAGGAGUACAACUUCAAGAAGCGCAGUCUCGCUCUAUUGGACAUCUGGAACAAGCGUAUGGAGAGUGAAGGCGGUGCAUCAGCUCCAGAUGCGGCAGAAGCCAAGUCUGAGGCGCCUGAGGAGAAGUCUGCUCCGGCCGAGGAGAAGGCCGCUGAGGAGAAGGCGCCAGAGACCAACGGCACGAAGGAUGUUGAGGCUGCUGUUCCCGAAGCGCAAGACACUGAGAUGAAGGAUGCCGGCGAGACCAAAGAAGGCGCAGAGGACAAGGCUGAUGACGCUGCUGAGAAGACUGAGGAGAAACUCGAAGGCAAGACUGAUACCGUGGAUGACCUGCCAACCAGGCCCGCAGAGAAUGUCGCCGAGUUGGCUGAGGCUGCGAAAGACGAUGCUGAUGAGGCUGCGAUUGAGACGGCGACAGAGGGCGAGACUGCUGCUGCCUAAGGUGCGACAGCGUGACGGAAACGAAAAGCGUUGCAAGGACAGACGGCGACGAUGCGUGCGAGUACUCCGAACGAAGG